AUGGAGUUGAAGCCGCAGACCAAGAAGACGGCGUCUGCCUGCUGCCCCCUGCCGAGCGGACCCUCCGCGUCCAGCGUGUCCGACCAGCGCGUCCACCGUCCCGCCGCCACUCCGCCGCCGGCACGGGGGGAAAAAAAAUGUGGUGAGGCUCCUCGGAAGAGAAGAAGACGAGCAGCGGACCAGCGAAACUUCUCGAAUCUAUCCACCUUUUCUGCUAACUUUCCUGCUAACUAUCCAUCUUCCUGCUUACUUUUCUUGCUAACUAUCAUCUGUUAUGCUAACUAUCCACCUUCCCUGCUAACUUUCCUGCUAUCUAUCAUCUUUCAUGCUAACUAUCCACCUUUUCUGACCUACGUUCUCCUCCACAGGAUCCUGGGCUUCUACAAGGGAAUCCUGCCUCCCAUCGUGGCCGAGACCCCAAAGAGGGCCGUCAAGUUUUUCACCUUCGAGCAGUACAAGAAGUUGCUGAAUUUGACCCCUUUGUCUCCUGGUCUGGCGUUGUCCGCAGCGGGUCUGGGCGCAGGCUUGACCGAGGCCGUGGUGGUCAAUCCCUUCGAGGUGGUCAAAGUCAGUCUUCAGGCCAACAGGAAUGCCUUCAAAGAGCAACCGUCCUCGUUUGGCCAGGCCCGACGCAUCAUCAACUUGGACGGCUUCGGGCUGAAGGGUCUGAACAAGGGACUGACCUCCACGCUCGGACGCCACGGAGUUUUCAACAUGAUCUACUUUGGCUUCUAUUUCAACGUCAAAGACGCCUUCCCUGCUAACUCGGACCCGACCCUGGAGUUUCUGAGGAAGUUCACCAUCGGCCUGGUGUCGGGGACCAUCUCGUCCUGCGUCAACAUUCCCUUCGACGUGGCCAAGAGCCGCAUCCAGGGCCCUCAGCCGGUUCCUGGAGAGAUCAAGUAUCGCACCUGCUUCCAGACCAUGGCUUUGGUCUACCGGGAGGAAGGGUACUUGGCACUCUACAAGGGUUUGGUGCCAAAGAUCAUGAGACUUGGACCAGGUGGCGCUGUGAUGCUGCUGGUCUACGAGUACGUGUCUGGGUGGCUGCAGAGGAACUGGUAACCACGCCAACCAACGACAACAACAACAACAACAAAAAGCUACCCUAAUAGCUGUAGUAGCCAGAAGUCUUUAUGAAGUAUCUUAGUGAGUAUUCAUCCAAAUAGAAACUAGUAAUGUUGCAGUUUGGACCUACAGAUUGCUUUUAAUACCAAAUAUUGUAUUUUUAAUACCAGCAUUGCAGUAUUUUCAAUAGUUUUGUUUUUUUUCAAAUACUUUAAACAGCUUUAUGUCAAGUUCUCAGGAAGUGCAGAGAUCUUAACAGCCAUAAGAUGUAAUGUAUGCAUACUGUACGCAUCGCUAUAUUUGCACUGUCAAUCAUACAUGAUUGACACAUCAUGUAUGUGUAUAUAUAUAUACAUAUAUAUAUAUAUAUAUUGUAUAUAUAUGUAUGUAUGUAUAUACAUAUAUAAACAUAUAUAUA